AUGGGCAAAAUCAUCGGAAUCGACCUUGGGACCACCAACUCGGUCGUCGCCGUCAUGGAAGGCGACACCCCCAAAGUCCUCAUCAAUAGUUCAGGCAAUCGAACCACCCCCUCCGUUGUCGGAUUCACUGACAAGGGAGAGCGACUCGUUGGUCAGCAAGCGAAGCACCAGCAGGUCACCAAUCCGAAGAACACCGUGUUCUCCAUCAAACGAUUCAUGGGCCGUCGCCACAGCGAGGUGAGCUCAGAAGAGAAACUCAUCCCAUACGAACUCACAGGCGGCGCAGAUGACUUCGUCCAAGUCAAAGUCCGGGACGAAGAGUUCACUCCGCAGCAGAUCUCCGCGAUGAUCCUCGGAGAACUCAAGCGCACCGCAGAAGACUACCUCGGCGAAGCCGUCACCGAAGCGGUCAUCACCGUCCCUGCAUACUUCAACGACGCGCAGCGUCAAGCGACCAAGGACGCUGGAGAGAUUGCGGGACUCACAGUCAAACGCAUCAUCAACGAACCAACCGCGGCAGCGCUCGCGUACGGGCUUGAAAAGAAAUCCAACAAGAAGAUCGCGGUCUUCGACCUCGGCGGCGGCACCUUCGAUGUCUCCGUCAUGGAGAUCGGUGACGACGGCGACGGCGGAUCGGUCUUCGAGGUCCUCUCGACCAACGGCGAUACCCAUCUCGGUGGUGACGACUGGGACCAGCGCCUCAUCGACUUCCUCGCUGAAGAGUUCCGCAAGAAAGAAGGCGUGGACCUGACCAGCGACGCGAUGGCGAUGCAGCGCCUCAAGGAAGCCGCUGAAAAAGCGAAGAUCGAGCUUUCCAACUCUCAGGAAACCACGAUCAACCUGCCAUUCAUCACCGCGACCGAUUCGGGACCAAAGCACCUCCAGGAAACCCUGAGCCGAGCGAAGUUCGAAGACCUGUGUGAUGAUCUCUUUAAUCGACUCAAGGCACCGUGUCAGAACGCUCUGAGCGACGCGAAGAUCGACAUCUCCAAGAUCGACGAGGUCGUUCUGGUUGGUGGUUCGACACGCAUGCCAAAGGUCCAAGAGAUCGCGAAGGAGAUCUUCGGGAAAGAUCCCAAUAAGUCCGUGAACCCUGACGAAGUCGUCGCGAUCGGCGCCGCUGUUCAAGGUGGCGUGCUGACCGGUGAUGUCAAGGAUGUCCUCCUCCUCGAUGUGACCCCACUCUCGCUCGGUGUCGAGACCAUGGGUGGCGUGAUGACCAAGCUCAUCGAACGCAACACCACCAUCCCGACCACCAAGACCGAAACCUUCUCAACCGCGGCGGACAAUCAGCCCUCUGUGCAGAUCCAUGUCCUCCAAGGCGAGCGUGAGUUCGCGAAAGACAACCGCACACUCGGCAUGUUCGAGCUCGCGGACAUCGCUCCCGCUCCUCGCGGUGUGCCUCAGAUCGAGGUCGAGUUCAAGAUCGACGCGAACGGCAUCCUCGAGGUCUCCGCGACCGACAAGGGAACUGGAAAGAAAGCCGACAUCCGCAUCGAAGGUUCGGGUGGCCUCUCCGAUGACGAAAUCAACAAGAUGAAGUCCGACGCCGAGGCGCAUGCUGAAGAAGACAAGAAGCGCCGCGAGCUCGUUGAUCUCAAGAACAAAGCAGACGCGAUGGUCGCACAGACCCGAAAGUCGCUCGAAGAGCACGGCGACAAGGUCUCAGCGGAUGUCCGCUCGAAGAUCGAGACGGCCGCAUCAGCGCUCGAAGAGAAGAUCAAGAACGAGAAUGUCACCAAGGAAGAGAUCGAGCCCGCACUCAAGGAACUCGAAACCGCUUCCAUGGAACUCGGGAAGGUCAUCUACGAGCAAGCCGCAGCUGAAGCACAGAACGCGCAGCCCGCCGCGGACGGCGCGAAUGUCGAAGGCGAUGUGAUCGACGGCGAGUUCGAAGUCAACGACGACAAGAACUAA